GCAGCUAUUAUAAUAUAAGUGUAAGCAUACCCCAAAAAGAAUGAAUUAACGAUCAAAUAACCCAAAUAGGCAAAUAAAAAUGUUUAAUUACAGUAUUUGAUAAAUGCAACAGCAAACCCAUAAAAUUUGUUACUGUUCAAUCAAACUCACAGGGAGUAAUCAUUAUAUUAAACCUCCACCAAUUGAUUACAGGAUUCGCCUGAUUUGUUAGAACCUCUGGAAUUUAUCAGGCUUGAUUAGAGGAUUGGCCUUGGCAAUCACAUCUCGGCCUUGACCUUUGAAGUCAAAGGCACAGUCAUGAAUCUCAGGGUACCUAUGGGACCCACAGUAGGUGUAGCCACACCUGCAGUUGAACCCCAGCAGCCCCACCUUCUUGUUGCAGCUCCAGCACCUGCCGGACGCGCGCGGGGCCGGCGGCGGCGACGCCUCCCUGCCGGUCGACCCAUCGGGAACCGGACGGCCGGUUCUGAUCCUGAGAUUGGUCAUUAUAGGCACUUGCUCUUCCAUCAUCUUGCACAUGUCCUUGUAGCACUUGGAGCACAGACCCUUGGUCGCCGCCGUUCCAAAGAAACCGCAGCCGUUCCGACAAAGAGACGGCGGCGCCGGAGAUAUGGUCCCUAACUCCGUCUCGUUUCCUACUUCCGAUGAUCCCAUAUUAUUUUCUCGGUCUGUAAAUUAAAGCUGGAGAUAUCUGAUAGCAAAGAAAAUAAAUCUAUGACAAGAGGACACAGUUAUUAUAUAUAGAUUACGGCCGGUAUUAGUCGGUUGGGGUCUCCUGAUUUCCGAAGAACUCCGAAUACAGGCCAAGAUUUAUUUCCAAAAAUGUUAUCAAACCGACUACUUCCGCGUCUUCUGUUUCCUAAAGCCAGUCACCUCUUAAUUACAUGGCGGGAUCGGUGCAGGGCUGUUU